CAGCUGCUGGUCUGUCGAUGAUCAAUGUUUUUAGUUUCACUUGUGAUUCCUAAAGCCUUAAUAGGACUUGUUUUGAACGCGGGUCUUUAUUCUCUAAGCUGCCCUCCUCUCCUCCCAGACUCAGAGAAAAAUGGCUGCUGGCUUGCUGCUUUUGGUUUGUGCAGUUGCUGUGCUGUACUCCGCCGAAGCUCAGGCUUCUUACAAUGGGCUGCCUGAAAUCUACAAGAAAGGAGUGGAUCUGGCAAUGCAACAGCUCAGCACCCACGCUAGGGUCCAACACCAUUAUCGCUUUUUGAGAACUGUGGAGAAGUUAGAAACUGAGGGUGGAUUUGGUGUGAGAUACUUCUACCACCACUUUUACCUGAAACCCACCAGGUGUCCCAAAGGAACAACUGAGACUGACCCUCAGAGAUGCCCCUACAGGAAUGACCGACCUCUGAUGGAUUGUGCAGUUUGCUACAAAGCAUCAGGAGAACAGAUAGAAGCCCAGCCCAACCCAUACGUUCACUGUAUCCAGAAACCGAGACUCACAGAGGAGAUGAAGAAAGCCAGGUUGGAUCACUACAAAAAAAUGGUCUACCACAGUGGCGCUCCUACACUUUUGGCUGUGAAAACAUAGAUCAUCAUCAUUGCAGCACAAAUAUAUCCAGAAAGCUAUAAGGAAGGAAAUCUUUAGUUACCUUAGUUAAGUGGUUGCAUGCAUACUCGACUGUACGGUUACUUUGAUUAUUAGCAUUUACUUACUCAUUUGUGAUCAACGUGUGAAAGAAGUGAACUUCUUUUGGUAUUCCAUGUGUGACAUAUAAUUAAAAGAGAAAAACAGC